AUGGAUGAGGCAGCAGAGAAGAAGAAAGGGAGUGAAAAGAAAAGUUUGCCGGUGCUGCCAUGGAUGAGAAAUCCUGUUGAUGUUAAUCUUAUCGAAGAAUGCCCUCUUAAUUUUCUUCCUUUUCUCGAUCCCAGGUUGGAAGUGGCUCUACAGAAUAUGGGUAUUAGUUCACUCUUUCCAGUCCAAGUUGCAGUUUGGCAAGAGACCAUAGGACCUGGUUCUUUCGAGAGAGACUUAUGUAUAAACUCACCAACGGGAAGUGGGAAAACCCUAGCUUAUGCUUUGCCCAUUGUGCAAAUGCUGUCAACUCGUGCUGUUAAGUGUCUUCGUGCUUUGGUGGUGUUGCCCACUCGUGAUUUAGCCAUGCAGGUCAAGGAAGUCUUUGCCACUAUUGCACCUGCGGUGGGGCUGUCUGUUGGUUUGGCAGUUGGUCAAUCUUCGAUUGCUGAUGAAAUUUCAGAGCUUAUCAAGAGACCUAAGCUUUGUGCAGGCAUCUGUUAUGAUCCUGAAGAUUUCUCACAGGAGUUGCAAAGUGCGGUGGACAUACUAGUGGCAACUCCUGGGAGGCUGAUAGACCAUAUCAAUAACACUAAGGGAUUUACACUCAAGCAUCUUUGUUAUCUUGUGGUUGAUGAAACAGAUCGACUACUCAGGGAGGCAUACCAAUCCUGGCUGCCUACGGUGCUAAAAUUGACAUGCUCUUGCACUGAAAGUCUCUUCCCAUAUUCCAACACUUCUCUUCCCUCCACAUUUGAUUCCUUGAAGACCAUAAGGCGACUUGGAGUAGAAAGAGGGUUCAAGGAUAAAUCUUAUCCGAGGCUUGUGAAGAUGGUUCUAUCUGCCACACUAACUCAAGAUCCAAGCAAGCUUGCUCAGCUUGAUCUGCAUCAUCCUUUGUUCUUGACCACUGGGCAAAGUCGUUAUCAGCUCCCUGAACAACUAAAAUCCUUCAAACUGAUAUGUGAAUCAAAGCUCAAACCCCUGUAUUUGGUUGCCCUUUUGCAAACUUUGGAAGGGGAAAAAAGUAUCGUUUUCACAUCAUCUGUAGAGUCAACACAUAGACUAUGUACCUUACUAAAUUUUUUUGGUGAUUUGCAAAUCAAGAUCAAGGAGUACUCAGGUCUUCAACGCCAAUCUGUAAGAAGUACAACAUUGAGGGCAUUCCGUGCAGGGAAAAUACAAGUACUUGUUUCAUCUGAUGCGAUGACCCGUGGAAUGGAUGUCGAUGGGGUGAGAAACGUCAUCAAUUAUGAUAUGCCUGCAUAUAUUAAGACAUACAUCCAUCGGGCUGGUCGAACUGCAAGAGCAGGCCAGACUGGUUGUUGCUUUACGCUGCUGCACAAAGAAGAGGUCAAGCGAUUCAAGAAGCUAUUACUGAAAGCUGAUAAUAACUGUUGUCCUGUUCACUCUGUUCCUUCAGAAUCAAUAGACUCACUUCGUUCUAUAUAUAAUUCUGCAUUGGCAAAACUGAAAGAGAGUGUCAAAGCAGAAACAUACAAGAAGCGGAAAAUUAAUUUCAAGCCUUCAAGCAUAGGCAAACAAAAGUAA